CGCGACUCUAGUAGUAUCAGCAAGCCCGGCGGCGGAGGGUGGGCCUCCCAGUACGAGUCGUACAACCACCACCAGGGGGGCGUGGCCUCGGCGCACCUCGCGCCUCACCUCUGACAGCUGCUCCUCCUCCAGUCACUCCGGCGGCUCCAUCCCCGGUGGGUGGGCGUUUCCGCUGAGCCCAGAUGUGAGGGCGGAAGCGGAAGUGUCAGGAAGGUGGAAACGAUAAGGAAUUACAUGGAACUGGCAGCUGAGUAAAAUGACGGAUCAGGAGAACAACAACAGCAUAUCGGCAAAUCCUUUUGCUGCACUCUUCGGGUCUCUUGCAGAAGCCCGGCAAUUUGUUGCAGGGCAGAAGGAGCAGGUCCGACAGCAGAGAGGUAACUGUAAUAGUAUAAUAGACGAUGCAGGGGAGAGUCAGGAUGAUUCCGACAACAGCGUUUCGGAAAGCCUGGACGACUGCGAUGACUCUGUGGCUGAAAUAAGUCGCUCGUUUCGCUCUCAGCAGGAGAUCUGUGAGCAGCUGAACAUUAACCACAUGAUUCAGCGAAUCUUUCUGAUCACGUUGGACAACAGUGACCCCAGCCAGAAGAGCGAGAAUGGCAUACCUCUGCGUUGUGUGUACCUGGAGGAGAUGGGUUCAGAGCUUGAUGGGCAGGACUGGUUGGACAUGGAUAAUGUGGAACAGGCCGUAUUCACGCGGCUUCUUCUCCCUGAACCUGGGAAAUAUCUGAUCUACAUGACGUCCUCCGGAGUCCCUAAUCUGUCUGCAGAGAGAGAUGCGGGAGAGGAGCACAUCAUCCCGUUCCUGUUUUCCUGUUUCCAGAGAGCCAUGAAAGAGGUCACUAAAGUGCCAGAGAAUCUGCUGCCAUAUGCAGUGCGCUGCAAAACAUUAACCGUCUCUAACACACGUACGGUGCUGCUUACCCCCGAGAUCUAUCAGGGGCAGGAUGUCCCAGCUCAGGUGGUGGACCUUAUGCUUGAGGGACUCCGGGGAGCAUAUUUUGAUGAGGUAGUGGAGUUCCUGGAGGAGGUAAUGGAGUCUCUCCUGGCAGAUGAGGAGGUGCAGUCCUUUAGUGAAGUCUUCCACCCUGUCUUCGAUGUGAUCCUGGAACGCGUCAGGGACUUGGACCUGUGCCAGAUGCUGCUUUACAGUUAUCUUGACCUCCUUCUAUACUGCACCCGACAGAAGGACCUUGCUAAGGUUUUUGUGAAAUAUAUUCAGCCUCAGGAUCCAAAUAAUGGGCACCAGUAUCAGAAGACCUUGCUGGGUGCGAUCCUCAGCAUUUCCUGCAUAUUGCGCACACCAGGUGUGGUCGAGAAUCAUGGCUACUUUGUGAACCCAUCUCGCUCUAGUCCCCAGGAGAUAAAAGUGCAAGAAUCUAAUAUCCAUCAGUUCAUGGCUCAGUUCCACGAGAAAAUUUACCAGCUUCUGAAGAACCUUCUCCAGCUGUCCCCAGACACCAAGCUCCUCAUCCUGUCCUGGCUGGGGAACUGUCUGCAUGCCAAUGCCGGGCGUGCUAAAAUCUGGGCCAAUCAGGUGCCGGAGAUCUUCCUACAGACGUAUGCUUCCGACAGCUUCUUUCUGAACUUGGGUGCUGCCCUGCUACGCCUGUGCCAGCCGUUUUGUAAAUCGAAAUCUGCUCAUUUGCUGACGUUCAAUCCCACGUACUGUGCUCUGCGGGAACUCAAUGAAGAGGAGCGUAAAAGCCGUAAUGUGCACAUGAAAGGACUGGACAAAGAAACCUGUCUGAUUCCGCCUGCAGACGACCAACAACCAGAUUUUCCCCAGAAUUUCAACUUGGUGACAGAGAACCUGGUGCUGACACAAUACACGUUACAUCUAGGCUUUCACAGGUUGCAUGAACAGAUGGUGAAGGUGAACCAGAGCUUGCACAGACUACAGGGGGCAUGGCGCGAUGCCCAGCAGAGUGGUAGUGCCGGCGCUGAGAACCUGCGAGAACAGUUUGAACGGCUUAUGACAAUCUAUCUGUGCUUGAAGGCAGCCUUAAGUGAGCCUCAGUGCCUCCAGAACUGCCUCCAGCUGCAGGUCUCUACUGCACUUCUCUUAGUGCAGAUUGCUUUGGGAAACCGAGGCACGGAACCUGUUCCACUCACCUUUCCUGUGCCCGAUGUACAGCACAGUCCCCUCGCAUACGUACCAGAGUUCUUUGCCGAUAACCUGGGAGACUUUUUCAUCUUCUUGAGACGGUUUGCAGAUGAGGUUUUGGAGACCGCUGCAGAAUCCCUAGAACAGAUACUGGAUUUUAUUACAGUGUUCACAGGCAGUGUUGAGAGGAUGAAAAACCCUCACCUGCGUGCCAAGCUGGCAGAGGUUCUGGAGGCUGUAAUGCCCCACCUGGAACAUACUCAGAACCCACUUAUCUCUAGUGUCUAUCACCGACAAAGGAUCUUCUGUUCUUACCGACACGCGGCACGCCUUGCGGAAGCGCUGAUAAAGGUGUUUGUUGACAUAGAAUUUACCGGUGACCCACAUCAGUUUGAGCAGAAGUUUAACUAUCGGCGUCCUAUGUAUCCCAUCUUACGGUACAUGUGGGGGCAGGACGCCUAUCGAGAGAGUAUAACUAACUUGGCGGAUUAUGCGGCGAAGAACCUUGAAGCUGUGAACCCCCCGCUGUUUCUGCGAUUCCUCAAUUUGCUGAUGAAUGAUGCAGUGUUCCUACUAGAUGAGGCCAUCCAGUACCUGAGCAAAAUUAAAGUCCUGCAGAUAGAGAGGGACCGGGGCGAGUGGGACGGUCUGAGUGCUGACAGCCGACGGGAGAAGGAGUCCAAUCUGCUCAUGUUUGGCCAGUUAGCCAGGUUCCACAAUAUCAUGUCAAAUGAGACCAUUGGGACCUUGGCUUUCCUCACCUCUGACAUACACUCGCUCUUCGUCCAGCCGUUCUUAGCGGAACGUAUCAUCUCCAUGCUCAACUACUUCCUCCAGCACUUAGUGGGCACCAAGAUGGGCGCAUUGAAGGUGAAAGAUUUCAGUGAGUUUGACUUUAAACCGCAGCAGUUGGUUUCGGACAUAAUCACCAUCUACUUGAAUUUGGGGGAUGAAGAGAACUUCUGUGAGUCGGUACCAAAGGACGGCCGCUCAUAUUCACCAACACUGUUCGCUCAGACUGUGCGGGUGCUCAAGAAAAUUAACAAGCCUGGGAAUAUGAUCGUGGCUUUCACAAACAUGGCUGAGAAAAUUAAGUCCUUGGCAGACCAGCAGCAGCGAGAUGAGGAAACCUACGCUGAUGCACCUGAUGAGUUCUUGGAUCCUAUUAUGAGUACAGUCAUGUCAGACCCAGUUAUUCUCCCAUCCUCUCGUGUCACCGUGGAGAGGUCAACCAUUGCUCGACAUCUGCUUAGCGACCAGACGGACCCUUUUAAUCGCAGUCCUCUGACCAUGGAUCAGCUAAAACCGAACCAUGAACUUAAGGAAAGGAUCUUGCAGUGGCUGGCUGAGCGCAAGCAGCUGUGCGAGAACAGAGGACGUCAAUCUUUAUAGACUGAUUUACAGACUGCAAUGAGACAUCUACUGUAAGCAGCGCUUGUGCAGCAGGGAAUUGCAGUGUAGAACCCAGGCGCACACUCCCUGCUGCACGGCGGGCGUGUGUGAUGGAGUACGGCGACAACUGGAACACAGCGGCCACAGACUGAUGAGCCACACCUAACUACUUACCUGCCAAAGUGGUUUUACCGGGUCAAUUUCAAGCUUGCCUGCUAAUGUAAUUUGGGGGGUGUUUGUAGAACUUGUAGUUCCCCUUUCCACACCCGCACAUGUAUCCUCUUUACAAGAUCCAGUUCUGUGACUAAUAUGGUGACGUACCUGCAAUGAAAUGUAAUUCACCCAAAUAUUUUAUUUUACCAGUUCUUCCGCCAUGUUUACAGCAGGGGGGAAACCGGCCUUUUGGCUUCUCAGCUGUUCAGCUACAAACCUCAGUCUUGCUGUGAUUUGUAGUUCAACAGCAGCUAACAAGGGCCUGGAUCACAAGCAUGGUUUGCAACCAUAAUGGCAAAUAAAACUGAGCCUGUAUAUUAGAUUUAAAAAAAAAAAAAAAAUAUAUAUAUAUAUAUAUAUAUAUAUAUAUGGAGAGGGAGAGUGAUAAUGUGAAAGCAGGACGAGACAUCUACAUACGUAACCUGAUGUAAGGUAGGUCCUGACUGCCGACCUGUACAUGUAUAAUAAUCCUGGCUAAUAAAUGCUAACAUUUUCGUUUAA